CCAGCAGCAGGACAGUCUCCAGCGAGGACGAACCUCGGCCAGAGGCUUGCUCUGUCGAGAAACCCACCGGGAACGAAUUUAAAACAAAACAAACAAUCAAUUUUCAAAGAAUUGUCCCUAAAAGGUGCAUAAUUGGGUUUCAAUUUUCCAUGAUGGAUGUAAAGCGCGCAAUGGCUCUAAAUGAGGUUAUGAGGAUCCCAAGAAGGAUAUGGCAGCAUUUCCACUAAGAUGUGCUGCAUCUGCGCUGCACGCUGGGCUGAUUGGAAAUUUCAGUGGAAGUAUUAGUGGAAGACAGACGCUUCCUGUAACCGCGUAUAUCGCACAGAUAAAUGGAGUAACGGAAAGGAGGAGAGAGAGGGGAGGGGGGGGGGGCUCAGUAAACUUGACACAGCAUUCAAGGGACGAUCGGACAACUCGUGUUAACUCUCCUCUUCAGGUACCGUUUCCAAUAAUUACCACAUAAAUUUGUGGAGUAGUCCACAGGGGACAGUCCUCUCCCCCCGCCGUCGGGGAGAUAGAAUAAAAAGCGACUGAACGCACAAGAGGGGGCAAACUUGGAACUUGGAGCGCCACACGGGAUAAUAUCAGCUUCUUCUUCUUCUUCUUGUUCUUCUUUUUACGCGUUUGCACGUCCGAUCCUUGGAGGAUGAUCGCCAACCUUCGGCGACCACACAUAUGACUUCCGUAGCUUUAACUCUACGCAAACAGGAGCCGGCUUUUUCUUUUUUUUUUUUUUUUUAAAGUGAACACUUACUGGGAUCAGGACGGGAACUCAACAAAGAGAGAGAGAGAGAAAAAAAAAAGUUACGCACAUGUGCAUCGUUUUGGCAGGACGCACCGGACGUAGUCAGAGCGUAGGAGAACUUUGAAAAGGUCUUCAAAAAGAAGAGAGUUUACUUUUUCCCCCCUUGCGUCCACUUUCCACUUUCUUCACUACACUGGAGCUAUGAGCGCACCGCGCAAACCCGUUGUUGUGGGACUGCUGUUACUGAUGUGCGCUCUAACCGAGCACUGCGGCGAGAGCGCGCCCACCGCGGCGGCCGGCGGGGACGCGCCGCGGAGUUUGAGGCGGAUGGUGGAGAUUAUGAAGCACGUGGAGGAUAACCGGGGGCGACACGCAGCAAGGACGGAAGCCCCGCUGACGCCGCGGGCGGUGGGCAGCGCGUCGGUAGAGCAGAGGGACUUCCGCGGCAAGACGGACAAAGGGAACCAGGCCCUGGUUUUAACCCCUACAGAUUACAAAAUGAAAGAGAGAAUAAUCAAAUAUUUCACAGGUCCCCUCGUGUUCAGCUCCAAGUGCAGGAAGAACGCGUACAGACUUUACCACCACACCAGAGACUGCACAUUACCUGCAUACUUCAAAAGAUGUGCGCGACUUCUCACACGGCUCGCGGGCAGCCCGCAGUGCACAGAAGGGUAGCGCGUGCACACUCAAAAGGUUGAAGUCAAAUGUGUGCUUCAGAAGAAAAGAUACAAAAACAAAAAAAGAAAUACAUUGGUGAAAAAGUGCCUUUGGACAGUGAGAGGGAAGCCUAAAUCUGACCGGCCUGUCUGACUUUAGGGCACAGCGUUUUUGCUUCACUCGCGUCCCUUCUGCUGAGGUGAAAAUUGCUGCCAAUCUCCACUUUGGCUGGGCCUCAACGGGUUAGCUGUCAUUACACGGGAGCAUCGAGUCGAGGAAAAACACAGAGCAGGUGAAGAGUGAAGAGAGGAGCUGGCAAAGAUAAGCAAAGUCGGGGGCUUUUCUUCCACACCGCACUGGAAUUCAAACGGAUGUUGCUUAAACAAAUAACAAGAAACAAGAAUCACUUUCCUUUUGAGACAUUUUUGCCCUUGUUGAGUGUUUUAGGCUGACAUUGGCCCUUCUUCUACUGCACUAUCACAAUCUAAAAACAGAAGUUCUCGCUGACCCCCAGCUGGUGACAGCGUUAGUCACCCACUUGUGCUCAGAAUGAACUGUCGUUAAAUUAUUGCAAGAACAUUUUUUUUCUGCAAAACCAAAAACACAAGUGGUGGCUUUAAGCCACAGCCAACCUGUGGAUAGACUAACCCUGGGUACUGCGAGUUAAAGACCGUGUUUAUGUAUUUUACAUAAACACGUAGAUUUAUGAUCUACAUAAAUCUGUAUGAUUUAUGUAGAUCAUGACCUACAUAAAUCAUAGGUCAUGAUCUGUCCAACCAGGAGUGUAAUGUAUAUACAGUAAACACAACCAUAGGAAGAAUCCACCAUUAAAGAACGUGGCUGGCCUUUAGUAAAAAAAAAAAAAAGUGUUAUAUAUGUAAAAGUGUAUAUCUAUAUAUGAGUAUAUAUAAAUAUAUAUAUAUAUAUAUAUUUAAA